GCUUCUAAUCGGUGGUGAACUCAGCACAGCUCUCCGUGGUGACCCAUCGGAAGCAAGAGGAGAGCUGCCUGCUGUAGUGUUCUUUUUGGACAACCUGUUCCUCACCACUGUGGAGACUCUGUUGUCCUCCCUCUCGCCUCUCUCCCUCUCUUUCUCUGCCUCUCCUCCCUCUCUCUCUCUACCUCUCCCCUCGCUCCAUCUCUCUCAGUGCGCAAAGACAGGCGCGCUCGUUCUCAGUCUGCGCACAUCUCGCACUUGGCCAGCAUCACUUGGAGCCCACAGACACGGCUCUGAUUGAGCCUCCUCACCAGAGCGGAGGUCCGCGCCGCUCCACCCCAACACCCACACACAAGCCUUGGAAGAGUUACACCGUCAUGCGCACAACAAUUGGAGGACUGUGUGCGGAGAAGUGCAUUUAUUGAUUUGGGGGGUUUGUUUGAAUUUUGGCAGCCUGGAUUGGAGCGGGUGUAAAAAGUGUCAAAGCCACCGAGGAGAUUUGUAUUUUUUUUUCAAGUCGUUCAACUGAUUUUCGGGAGGAUUUCUAACUUUUCUGCUGCUGCAAAGAAGCAGCAGCGGUGGAAUUCUGUGAGCGCAGCCCGAACGAGUGCGCGUCGCCCCGGCGAGCACGCUGACCCACAGGACCGCACCUACGGAGACAAGGUUAUGACCGAGCACAGCUGAACAUGGAGCUUUUGUGGAUUUUGUUGUUUUCUAGCAUCUAUCCCCUUGCCCGCUGCCAAGGCGUUUACGCUCCUGCUAAUGCCCAGAUUGUGCACUCGGGUGCCGCGUGCAACGUCAAGGAUGAUAACAUCAGUGAGAGGAUCUACACAAUCAAAGAGGGAGACACGCUUGUGCUUCAGUGCAUUAUGAAGGGACACCCGAGACCUCAGAUACGAUGGACGAAGACAGCCGGCAGUGCCUCAGAUAAAUUCCAAGAGACAUCCAUCUACAACGAGACCCUGCGCAUCGAGGGCAUCCAGAGGGUGCAGGGGGGUCGCUACUACUGCAAAGCCGACAACGGGGUGGGGGUGGCUGCCAUCAAGUCCAUCCGUGUAGAUGUGCAGUACCUGGACACACCAGUUCUGACGGUUCACCAGACCAUCAGUGAUGUGCGUGGUAGUUAUUACCAAGAGAAGACGGUGUUCCUUCGCUGCACUGUCAACUCCAACCCUCCUGCUCGCUUCAUCUGGAAGCGCGCAAAUGUGCUCAUCGAACAAAGCAAAGAUAAUGGAGUGGACAUCUACGAGCCACUUUAUACUCAGGGUGAGACCAAGGUCCUGAAGCUGAAAAACCUGAGAGCGAAGGAUUUUGCCGAUUAUACCUGCCAGGUGUCGGUUCGUAAUGUGUGUAACAUUGAAGACAAGUCGGUCACCUUCAGGCUCACAAACAGCACGUCUCCCCCGAUGGUUCGGCUGUCCGUCAACGACACAGUUGUGGCGGAUCCCGGGCAGGAUGUGGUCAUCACAUGCGAUGUAACUGCAGGUUUCCCGCCACCUACUGUGAUUUGGUCACGUUACCCGGGACCCCUUCCCCUCAACGCCAAGGUUCGGGGUUCCCAGCUCACACUGAGGGCCGUCACACCAACAGACGCGGGCUUCUACAACUGCACGGCUGUCAACAAUGUGGGCAACCCCGCCCGUAAGAACAUAAACGUCGUUGUCAGAACAAUGAGCAACCUGACCUUCCAAAUUACUCCGGACUCCAACAAGGACAGCGAGACCAUCCAAAUGGGUCGAGACCUCAAGCUGUCGUGUCACGUUGAUGCCAACCCUCAGGACAAGGUCAACUACACCUGGUACAAGAACGGCGCGCUGGUUUUCAACUCCGACAGCCUAAUCUUGCUGCGCAGUGACCCCGAUAUGGCGCCGGGCACGAGCAGCUUGGAGAUCGUGGACAUGAAAUUCCGAGACUUGGCAACCUACAGCUGCGUGGCAAAUUUCCCCGGCAGCAGCGUGCCAGAGCUCCGAGUAGAUGUCAACAUCUCCCAGAACAGUGUAUCUCCACCAAUACUGACGGUCCCCCCAGAAGGUCAGGUGGUUAGUGCCCGAGAAGGCGGGACAGCUGAGCUGGUCUGCUUAGUGAUGGCUGGCAAACCACGUCCACCAAUCCUCUGGUCGCGCACAGAAAAGGACCUGCUGAUGCCAUCUGGGAAGGCCGUGGUGGAGACGUCCGAUGGCCGCUUGAGGUUGAGGAAUGUAAGCCGGAACAUGAUGGGGGGUUACCGCUGCCAGACUGCUCCUUAUAAUGGACUCAACAUCAAACGGCGAGAGGCACAGGUCCAGCUCAAUGUGCAAUAUCCUCCCAUUCUGGACCCAGUGCAUCAGGACACACGUGCAAGGAACUAUCACAUGGUGAGCCUCAGAUGUUCUGUCCUGCGCUCCAACCCGCCACGUAUCACGGACAUCCGCUGGUACCGCAACGGAGACUUUAUCCGUAUGCCUAUGCCGAACCUGAAGGAGACCCCAGAGCUGAAAUUCAAACUGGAGCCCGCAAACAACGGCUCUUAUGACUGCAGAGUCAGCAAUAGUGCAGGAACAUCCACAUGCAGAUUUGAUGUCUCUGCACAACCUUACAAUGCUGAAUUCUACUUUGACACGCCCAAUCCGGUGAGGAUUCUAAAAGGGAACAACUACUCUUACAACCUGCAGUGGACCCAGAAAGACCCCGAGGCCACAGAUCGUAUCAUUGGCUACUGGAUUGUUGUCCGAAAGAACAAGGAGAACCUGCUGUCGAGGCAGAUCGACCUCAAGGGCAAGGAGCCAGAGAAGGGGGUGCUGAUGUCCUACACCAUUACCAACCUGAGAAUCCCACUUUCCUAUGAGGUCCGACUGGCUCCCAUCACCACUUACAGCACGGGGGAAUAUGUCAGCCGCACCAUCCAGUACUCAGAGCCGUACACCUACCCAAGACCCUCAGACCACGUCUGUGGGUUUGAGGAUGAAAGAAUUUGUGGUUUUUCACAAGACCGAAGUGACGUUUUUGACUGGACGCGACAGAAUCACAUGACCCAGAAUCCCAAACGGUCUGCCAAUACAGGCCCAGAGACGGACCGCAGUGGAACCAAAGAGGGCUACUACAUGUACAUCGAAGCUUCGCGGCCACGAGUUCAAGGCGAUAAGGCUCGUCUGCUCUCUCCACUUUUUAACGUGACCACGGUCAGGGGUCCCAAGGGGUCUAGUCGAGUCCCUUACUGUGUAUCCUUCUACUACCACAUGAAGGGAAAACACAUUGGAACUCUUAAUGCUCUUUUGAGAGUAAGGAGCAUUGGCAUCGCCUCAGUGGACUCCAUGUUGUGGACCAAAUCAGGUCAUCAGGGCCCCGACUGGAAGAAAGCAUACUUUGACAUCACUCCAAGUGGACCAUUCCAGAUUGUUUUUGAAGGAAUCCGGGGGCCGAGCUUCGAGGGCGACAUUGCUAUCGACGACGUGUCCAUCACCAUGGGCAAAUGCAAGCAGAAGAACACUGUUGCCAGCGCAGGUAAGACAGUUCUGAUCGGUGGCUCACCGGCGCUCCCAUUGGCCAGAGGACUGACCGUUGUCCUCUCCUGCGUUACUGCCCUGCUCUGCAGAUGAUAAGCGACCGACCGCAGCGCCACCUUCUGUCCGUGUUGACAGACACGGCCCUGAUUCGCGCUCUUACUUCUUCUCUCAAGCCGAGUCUCGAACUUCUAUCGCCACUCGCCUGUGACCUCCCUGCAUCCAUGAUCCAUGCGAACAUACUUUUGACUUUAUUUUAACGCUUUGCUCCAGUGACAUAUUAUAACAAACAUAUUCUUAUCAUGUAUUUAAGCUAAACAUCUCCUCUAUUGGUCCAUUCAAUUUCCUAAUAUCCAUAUCAAGUGUGUCCCCCCGCCCCCGCUUUCUUCAUUAGCCUAGGUCUACAUGUAUGACCAUUCCACCUCCACACCCUCUUUCUCCCUUCCCCCGAGACACACCAAAGUGUCGGACACUCUACCAAAGAUGACCUGAGGGAAUAGAAUGAGGGAUUCCAGAGAGCUGGCAAACGAGACCGAUAAUGUGGGUGAAUCCUUCCUUUAGCUGACCUUCGCCACCAGCCGAGCCGCUGAGCGACAAGGAGACAGUUUAAACAAGUGAAGAUUGAAUGAAUGAACUGGAAAGACAGAAAGGGAGGAGGAGGAGGAAGAGGACACUCUCUGCUUGCUACAAAGAAAGCAGUGUGGAUUAUACGUGUACAUUUAUCACUAUAUAUUAUAUAAGCAAAGUUUAAAUAUAACUGUACGCGGGGGACGCUGAAGGACUCUGUGAACUGAAAUUAAAGAAGCACAACAUUUAUACGACCUCUGUUGUUCCCUUGGUUUUAUUGAACUUAUGUGACGUUGCAAUUUGUCCGAGCAAUUCCCUGAUUUUUGAUAUUUUUAGAUUUGUUUAUCCCGCUUUGGGCAAUAGUCGAUGUGAGUGUUGCGACACAAGUAUGAGGCGAUAUCGUGACUGACUCUGUGUGUGGGUGGUAUGGAAAGCCAAAAAAUGCACCAGGUCCUUGAAUGUCCCGUAUCGAGAAGAUGGAGACGCUAAUGUGUAUGUAGCUGCCGUGCAGAGCAAAUUACAUGUGCAAUUCACCUUUCCGCUAAGCCACACCCCUGAAACGUAGACUGGACAAUUUCUUAAUUCAUUUGUAAACUAUCUUUUUUUUUUUUUUCCCCGCUUUUGAAAGAUGAAUAUGAUUUAACAAUGUGCACGGGCUGCGAUUGGCUGCCGACCGGUCCAGGGUGUGCCACCUCUUGCCCGAAGUCAGCUGGGAUAGGCUCCAACUCACUCACGACCCAAAUAGAGACAUGGGGAGCCCGCACAAGUGAUAUUCAGACUCUGGAGAAAGCUAUGCUGCCGUGCACAUCGUCAAUUCAAUCCCUUAAAAAUCUGUACUUUAACUGAUCCAAAGUCGGCAAGGUAUUUGUAUUAUCCAUAGAAUCGUGGUACGUGGUUGUUAGCGCAGCAACUAAAUUGCUAAUGUUACGCUGAUAACGUGAGGCCUUAGCCAGCUACGCUAACAAAGCUAGCUACAUACUCCUGUUUGCAAUGUUUGUAUUAGUCCUUUUGGAUAACUGUAUAAGUAAAUAGAGCAUUAGCCAGCUUUAGUGGAAUGGUGUUUCUCCUUAAUAUCGUUGUCCUUCGUCGGUCAUUAGGCGAUGCAGUGGUUCACUAUUUUUGGGAUAAUUUCCUUGUUUUGCAUUGAUAGGGUCUAUGUUACCCAGUGGCGUCGCUAGGCCUAUUAUAGGGGAGGCUUUAGCUUUAUUUUCCUAUUCCCCCUCAAACCGAUCUUACCUCAACAAAUAUUGGUCUCCUCAAAAUCCCCACAUACACCCCCACCCCAUUGACGAUUAUGUUUUGGGGUAAAUAAUAUUCCAUCCGCACCCCCAACUUCCCAUCGAUAACUACGUUUUGGGGCAAAUAGUUUAAUUACUUUCCAUCAGCACACCCACCCCCAACAAAAACAUUUGGGCGGGGGGGGGGCGGGGGUCUAAGCCACCCCGAAUGUCAAAAUGUAGCGACGCCCCUGAUGUAACCUUCAAAGGCAUUCUGGAUAAUACUUUAGAUAAGGGAGGGUCCGUGUUGAUUCCAAAAGCUUGAAAGAAUUGACAAGGGUAGUUCAGGGGGCGAGUCUUGACGAAAGGUGAAUUAGGGAGGAAAUCUGCCGACAUUGUUUAACGCUGAAUGUCUAUGUCUUGUACACAGUCACAUAAAUAUCCACACUGUGCAAUGAAAAGCAUGUAUGGCCACAUAUUUGAUGAUUUUUAUCGAUGAAAAAAAGUUUAAUACUCUUGAAGAAUCACAUUUGGAUUUACAUGAUUUGCAUUGCAUAGUACGGAUAGGAUUGUUAAAGUCAAGCAAUACUCAUCUAUAGCGCUAUAACCCAUAGUUUAUGAUUACAUUUCUGAUAGCAUUUCAUCUUGCUCAAAUGGCAUCAUUAAGUUUUAAUAUAUAAUUAUGUGUUUAUUCAUACAGGCCUAUACUGUGAAUACACCUGUAGCCUGUUUAAUCAUUCAUUAAAGUACAGUACCGCAAUGAUAAUUCUCUGAUUCCGGUGUGUUUUCCAGUGUUCUCUGUAUUUUGUCUGUCACCUCACAUUUGUAUUGCUUCUUCUUUUUCUUUUUUUUUUUUUUGGUGUUAAUCUCAUUUUGCCUCGGCCACAUGCCAUUGCUAAAGUGUACAUUAUAGAGUGUGUCAAUGUCACUUUUUGUUUCCACGCCUGUCGAUCACGCUGGACAAAACGCUACAGAUGGAUGAAUUAAAUUGAGCAAAGCAAGCGGACCUGAGGUUUCAAACGUG